CCAUCAUAAGGUGAAUGGCAGAUCACGUUGUUUGGAGAACAGUGAGUGAUUUUAUGGUGCACUACGUCCACAGACGUCUGCUUUUCUUGACGUCAGGAGAAGUGUGUGCGGACCCAGCGCUGCGCACAGGCACGGCAACCACAUCGCUCCCAGAGGGAAGGAGAGCACAUCACAGCCACACGUCGCCGUUUAGCUGUAGUGUGGCGAAUCCAACCAGCGUUGUAGGAUGCCUCUUGGAGAGGAUGGAAACGGAUGGAAAAAGAAGACAUCGGACAUCAAAGAACAUUAUGACUUCAAAGAGGUGCUGGGAACGGGUGCCUUCUCUGAGGUGGUCCUAGCAGAGGAGAAGAGGACCCAGAGGCUGGUGGCCAUCAAGUGCAUCCCCAAGAAAGCCUUGGAAGGCAAAGAGAACAACAUUGAAAAUGAGAUCGCAGUACUACACAGAAUCCAGCAUCCCAACAUUGUUUCACUGGAGGACAUCUUUGAAAGUACAUCCCACCUAUAUCUUGUCAUGCAACUGGUGUCUGGAGGUGAGCUGUUCGACAGGAUUGUGGAAAAAGGUUUCUAUACAGAGAGAGAUGCCAGCCAGCUCAUCCACCAGAUUCUGGAUGCAGUCAAAUAUCUCCACGAUAUGGGGAUCGUCCACAGAGACCUGAAGCCAGAGAAUUUGCUUUACUACAGCAUGGAUGAAGACUCCAAGAUUAUGAUCAGCGACUUUGGACUGUCAAAGAUUGAGGGAGCAGGCAGUGUCAUGUCCACAGCCUGCGGCACUCCUGGAUAUGUGGCUCCCGAGGUGCUCGCUCAGAAGCCAUACAGCAAAGCCGUGGAUUGCUGGUCCAUAGGAGUUAUUUCUUAUAUCCUAUUAUGUGGAUAUCCUCCGUUUUACGAUGAAAACGAUGCAAAGUUAUUCGAGCAGAUUCUUAAAGCAGAAUAUGAAUUCGACUCUCCUUACUGGGAUGACAUCUCAGAUUCAGCCAAAGAUUUUAUCUGUCAUCUGAUGGAGAAAGACUCUCUGAAGAGAUACACUUGUGAGCUGGCCCUCCAGCACCCAUGGAUCUGUGGCGACACGGCUCUGGACAAGAACAUUCAUGAAUCUGUGAGCGCACAAAUGAAGAAGAACUUUGCCAAAAGUAAAUGGAAGCAAGCGUUUAACGCCACAGCAGUGGUGCGCCACAUGAGGAAACUGCAGCUGGGCACCAGUCUCGAGGGACCCAGUCAGAUUACUCCCACCAGUCCUUGCCAUGGACAUCUGCUCCCAGAGGAAGAGGAGGAAGAGGAGGAUGAUGACUUGGGGAAUGGGGAGGAGGAGAGCUUGUCUCACUACGAGGGCGGCCGUCGAGGAAGCAACGAGGGCAGCACGGACCGGGACAGCCUGAGAAGCUGCACCUACUGCUGCAGGCCGGCCAGUCGCAUCUGAGAACAGCUCUGCUGUCACAAGGACAUUUUGUCCCUGGAGCGCCCAGAGCCCGUUCGCCCAGUCUGGCCAGGAAUGCAGAGUAGAUAUCAGGCAGUGUCCACCAGAGCACAUCCACAGCCUGCAGGUCACUGUUGUAGUGUGGA